UUUAUUUCUAUUUGUUUGUGUUCAGGUGGGAAACUACCUCCGCAUGUUCAGAGGCUCCCUGUAUAAAAGAUAUCCGUCGUUAUGGAGAAAACUGGCUUCAGUAGAAGAGAGGAAGAAGAUCGUGGAGUCAUCACACGAUCACGGAUACACUCAGCUCGCCACCAGCGUGACUCUGCUGAAGGCUUCAGAGGUCGAGGAGAUCCUCGAGGGGAACGAUGAGAAGUACAAAGCUAUCUCCAUCAGCACCGAGCCCCCCGCCUACCUCAGGGAACAGAAGGCGAAGAGGAACAGUCAGUGGGUUCCCACGCUGCCCAACAGUUCUCACCACCUGGACGCUGUGCCAUGUUCAACCACCAUCAACCGCAGCCGCCUGGGCCGGGACAAGAAGAGGACCUUCCCCCUGUGCUUUGACGACCACGAUCCAGCUGUGAUCCACGAAAACGCCACUCAGUCUGAAGUUCUGGUUCCGAUCCGUCUGGACAUGGAGAUCGAGGGACAGAAGCUGAGAGACGCUUUCACCUGGAAUAUGAACGAGAAGCUGAUGACGCCUGAGAUGUUCGCUGAGAUCCUCUGUGACGACCUCGACCUCAACCCGCUGGCCUGUCCCGCCAUCGCCUCGGCCAUCCGACAGCAGAUCGAGUCGUACCCGACAGACAGCAUCCUGGAGGACCAGGCGGACCAGCGGGUCAUCAUCAAGCUGAACAUCCACGUGGGGAACAUCUCUCUGGUGGAUCAGUUCGAGUGGGACAUGUCGGAGCGGGAGAACUCUCCGGAGAAGUUUGCUCUGAAGCUGUGCUCCGAGCUCGGCCUGGGCGGAGAGUUUGUAACCACCAUCGCCUACAGCAUCCGAGGUCAGCUGAGCUGGCACCAGAGGACGUACGCCUUCAGUGAGAACCCGCUGCCCACAGUGGAGAUAGCCAUCAGAAACACAGGAGACGCUGACCAGUGGUGCCCCCUGCUGGAGACGCUGACAGACGCAGAGAUGGAGAAGAAGAUCAGGGAUCAGGACAGGAACACCAGGCGAAUGAGGCGACUUGCGAACACGGCGCCCGCCUGGUAGAAUCACACCUGCAGCGCCCCCUGCAGGAUCAGUGCUCGUCUGAUUGAGAAAUCCUCCCUCCCUCCCCUCCUCCACGUGUUUCCCUCCCGACCCUCGGCGUGGAGAAGCUGCUCCCUCACUUUGACCACUGACUCUGUUUAAUGACCACAGGGGGAGAAGAAGAACACACACCAGGCUCAGAUAAUAUAUUGUUCUGUUGUAUUUGUUGUCUUUUUGUACAUUUUAAUAAUUCUUACAAAAUAAAAAAAAAGUGAACGAGUUUAA